UUUUCUCUUUCGAUUCUUCCAAAAUCUGAGUCAGACUGCUCCCGGUGCCAUGAAUGGAGACGACGCCUUUGCAAGGAGACCCACGGUUGGUGCUCAAAUGCCAGAGAAUAUACAAAAGGCCUUCGAUGAUAUUGCCAAAUACUUCUCUAAGGAAGAGUGGGAAAAGAUGAAAGCGUCGGAGAAAAUCAUCUAUGUGUAUAUGAAGAGAAAAUAUGAGGCCAUGACUAAACUAGGUUUCAAGGCCACCCUCCCAUCUUUCAUGCGUAAUAAACGGGCCACAGACCUCCAGGGGAAUGAUUUUGAUAAUGACCAUAACCGUGGGCAUCAGGUUGAACGUCCUCAGAUGACUUCAGGCACGCUCCAGGGAAUCUUCCCGAAGAUCACCCCCGAGAAGCCAGCAGAGGAAGGAAAUGAUUCGAAGGAAGUGCCAGAAGCAUCUGCCCCACAGAACCAUGGGAAACAGCUGUGCCCCCCGGGAAAUCCAAGUACCUCUGAGAAGAUUCACGAGACAUCUGGAAAUAGGGAGGCCCAAGAAAAGGAAGAGAGACGUGGAACAGCUCAUCGGUGGAGCAGUCAGAACACAUACAACAUUGGUCGAUUAAGUUUGUCAACUUCUUUGGGUGCAGUUCAUGGUACCCCCAAAACCAUUACACACAACAGGGACCCAAAAGGGGGGAACAUGCCUGGACCCACAGACUGCGUGAGAGAAAGCAGGUGGUGAUUUAUGAAGAGAUCAGCGACCCUGAAGAAGAUGACGAGUAACUCCCCUCGGGGAUAUGACACAUGCCCAUGAUGAGAAGCAGAACGUGGUGACCUUUCACGAACAUGGGCAUGGCUGCGGACCACUCGUCAUCAGGUGUACAGCAAGCGAAAGCAAGUGUUCACAACAGUGAAAAGUUGAGUGUUAUUUUUCUUAGUGUGACAAGAGUUUGAUGUCAGCGUUCACACUGUAUUUUCUUACACUGUGUCAUUCUGUUAGAUAUUAGCGUUUUCAUUGAUGAGCAAGACAUGCUUAAUGCGUAUUUCGCUUUGUGUAUCCAUGCACCUACCUCAGAAAAUAAGUAUUGUCAGGUAUUCUCUGCAUAGAACAGCACUACCCUCCUCUCUCCCCAGAUGUGACUACUGAGGGCAGUUCUGAGUGUGUAAUUUCAGAUUUUUUCCUCUGCAUUUACACACACACACAAACCACACCACACUACACACACACACACACACACACACACACACACACACCAAGUACCAGUAUAAGCAUCUCCCAUAUGCUUUUCCCAUUGCCAUGCAUCCUGGUCAAGCUCCCCUCACUCUGUUUCAUGUUCAGCACGUACUCCCCUCAUCCGAUUCCCCUCUGUCAGUCACUGACAUUUAAUAAACUUUUGCAAACGUUC